GACAAGCUGAACUAAUACAUGCCAACUCCUGUGGACAUACAAUUCAACGAAGAUUGCUCAGCGCAUAGUGAAGCCGUAUAAGACUGUGCGGGACCAGAUUCCAUUACUAGCCAGCACCCAAACCUGCACCUGUCUCUAUGGGAAAUACCAAAUCGACACCCAGACGGUUAAAGCAGGCUAGUCCGUCUAUGGGCAACAGCCGCUACGAAGCUUGCAGGCUACUGGCCGACAAGCAAAUCCCCAACGUGAUUUGGCUUGAGGAUCUCCUUGCUCUCCAUGGUAGCAAUACACAAGUUUGGGAUCUUCAUCUCUUGGUAGAAGAUCCGCGUACGGCAGCAAAGAUCCUUCUCGAUAGUGGCUACGAAGAAAUGCCACCAGAGGCCAGGUUCGAAAACGACCCCGAAUUUAGUAAACGAGCUAUUCGGAUUGCUCGUUAUCGAUCUUCGACGGGUGUAGUAUUGCACAUGGCUAGAGAAUGGUAUUAUCAAUUGGAUGAUGGCGUGCAAGACUUCCUCCCGCCACUUCAUAGCUUCCUCGACUCAAUGAUUGAGUUUUGGCUCAAUAUUUCCUCUCAGGACUACGUGGAUCGAUUAGGAUUUGCUCUUUAUAUUGGCUGUUUGAUUAACUACUGCUAUUACCUACACAACUCCGAGGGCGAACCGGUCAAGAGUCUCACUUACGCCGAAAAUCUCAAACCAGAGCAUCGAGAAGUUCAUUAUAAUAUCACCUCCGCGGACCCCAAAGAAGAGAGUUUCACGACUACGAGCCGACACAUGUAUCAUGUGAGGAGAAGCAGAGAGAUCAAGGAAGGCAUUUUUGUGUCCAGACCAUAUGAGAAAGGAGUCUUUAGGGCUCCUUUGGCCACAGUUUUGGAGCAAUAAGGAUAAAUUGAACUGUCGUGGUUGAGGCUAUGGCUCAGGUCUGCAAGACGCGAGAGCUGGGUGCUGGCGCCGCCUGCGGAUAACAGGCAGCCAACAAACUGUUUUGUAGCAUUCCACCGUGGAUAUUUUCUUGUAUUUCUGUAGCAAUGUCUCGUUCAAAUAUAAAUACCAAAAAUAGCCUCAUGCCUG